AUUUUGUCCGGCGGAGCAGACAGUCGCUCCUUCAGAGAAACCCCUGGCGACACUUUUCACACAGCAGGAAGACGAAGAAGAAGGAGAAACCCGUCCGGUCCCGUUGAAUACGGCGUCCGAAGGACAGCAGCGACCGAGCCCGAGGACCCGCAGAACCGGGAGACCGAGCGAGACACGGGACGGCUGCCAUUGGUUUUUUUUUUCUUUCUUCCGUUUCAACUUGACGGCGCCGCCGACCUCGGCUCUCUUCGCUGAAACGGACGGAGUCCGGCUCGGCUCGGCUCGGCUCGGCAUUUGUUAGCCAAACGGCCGCUAGCUCACCCUGCUAACGACGUCCCCCCCCCAACCCAACCCAACCCAACCCACCCCACUGCCACUCGGUACCGGGGAGGAACUCUGUUCUUUCUAUCUGACUGAAGUUUGACGCGGAGGAAGCAACUCGAGACAUUUUCUCUCUCUCUCUCUCUCUCUCUCUCUCCGGGGGGGGCUGUGAUGGAAUGGGGGAAUUCUCGGGAUUGUUGACUGUGAUCACACACGGAUUACUUUUUUAGCGCGUGAGAGAGAGAGAGAAAAGUGUGUUUAGUGUCGCCCCCCCCCCACCCCCCCCGGAACCAGCCCUCCGGGUCGCAUCCAGCAUGUUUAUUUGUGCCCUAAAAGUCACUCACAGCGUUCUCAGAUUCCCCGGCGGGACUCUCUCGUGGUUCGGGUCGCGCAGCGGAACCGUUAGAACCGUUAGAACCGUUAGCUAACACGGACUAGCUCGUGUUCCUCGCUACGUUCACACCCGGAACUAAAGACACCACCUACUGCGGCUGUUGAUCUGUGGGGUUUUUUCUUCUUCUUUUUCCUGCUCUACGCGCACCGGUCACAACCACGUAAGCACCUGAGCGCGGUCCGAUCGGGGAGGGGUCACCUGAGCGCGGUCUGAUUAGGGAGGGAGGGGGUGGGAGAGACGUAGAGAUGUCGGGACAGUCCAUCACGGAUCGGAUCGCCGCGGCGCAGCACAGCAUGACCGGGUCGGCCAUCAGCAAGGCGGUGUGCAAGGCCACCACGCACGAGGUCAGCGGGCCCAAGAAGAAGCACCUGGACUAUCUGAUCCACUGCACCAACGAGAUGAACGUGAGCAUCCCUCAGCUGGCCGACACGCUGUUCGAGCGCACCGCCAACUCCAGCUGGGUGGUGGUCUUCAAAGCCCUGAUCACCACCCACCACCUCAUGAUGUACGGCAACGAGCGUUUGAUCCAGUAUUUGGCCUCCAGAAACUCUCUGUUCAACCUCAACAACUUCCUGGAUAAAGGAGCCCUGCAAGGUUACGACAUGUCGACCUUCAUCCGACGGUACAGCCGUUACCUGAACGAGAAGGCCAUGUCCUACAGACUGGUGGCUGUGGACUUCACCAAGAUGAAGAGGGGGAUCGACGGCGUGAUGCGCAGCAUGAACACGGAGAAGCUGAUCAAGACGCUGCCCAUCAUUCAGAACCAGCUGGACGCUCUGCUGGAUUUCCAGGCUAACCCUAAUGAGCUCACCAACGGAGUGAUCAACUCCGCCUUCAUGCUGCUCUUCAAAGACUCCAUCAGGCUGUUUGCAGCUUACAAUGAAGGGGUCAUCAACCUAUUGGAGAAAUACUUUGACAUGAAGAAGAACCAGUGCAAAGACGCUCUGGACAUCUACAAGAAAUUUCUUUACAGGAUGACGAAGCUGUCAGAGUUCCUCAAAGUGGCCGAGCAAGUUGGAAUAGAUCAGGGUGACAUCCCCGAUCUCUCUCAGGCCCCCAGCAGCCUCCUGGAGGCUCUGGAGCAGCACCUGGCCUCUCUGGAGGGCAAGAAGACCAAGGAGCUGAAUGCAGACACCAGAGCGUCCACUCUGUCCAGCGCCGUCUCAUCUCUGUCCACCACCGGCAUGUCCUUCAGCCGCAUGGACGAGAAGGAGAAGCAGCAGGCCCUGGAGGAGGAGCAGGCCAGACUGCAGGCUCUUAAGGACCAGCGGCUGAAGGAGAUGGGCAUGCAGACCCCUCCCUCUGCCUCCCCCAGCAGCCAGUCGAUAAGCGGCGGCAUCAACAACAACAACCACAUCACACACACAGAGCUGUUCACCUCCACGCUGUCUGCCAACAGCGUGCCCAAUCUGAACAGCGACCUGUUUGAUCUGCAGCCGGCCUUCAUCCCCACUGUGCAGAGCAAUCCUUCAAUCUCCACUGCCAACAGUGCCUGGGGAGGUGGGCUACACAUGAGACACCUAGCGCCGCCGCCCGCCGCCAUGGCCGCCGACUUCGACGCCGUGUUUGGGAGUAAAGCCGCGCCCGGUAACGACGGCCCGCGACCUGCAGCCGGUUUCGACGCUCUGGGGGACCUGUUGAAGCCGACCAUGCCAGCGCACGCCGCCCAGCUGCCCCCCCCUCAGAUGGCCAUCCACCACGGAGGGAAGCUGCUGGCCAACGACCUCGACUCCUCUCUGGCCAACCUCGUGGGCAAUCUGCAGUUCGGGGGGGGCCCCGGCCAAGAAGUAAGUAUGCAGUGGAACCAGGCCGGGGGGGAGAAGAAGCUGACAGGGGGCCACAACUGGCAGAAUAAGACCAUGUCGACCACCCAGUGGGGCCCGGCCCCCAUGGCGCCUCAGCCCAUGCCGGUGCAACACGUGAAUGGAAUGUUCUAUACUAGUUAUGCUCCGGCGCCGAUGGCGUUCCCCAUGACCACACCACAAGUGCCUGUGUACGGAAUGGUCCCCCCCCAGAUGGGUCAGAUGGGCGGGGUUCCAGUGAUGGCUCCUCAGCCGAUGAUGUACAACCAGCCCGUCCUCAGAGCCACCAACCCCUUCGCCCCGAUGCCCGGCGCCCAGGUCAGCUACCCGCUGCUCGUGCACGCGUACGCGCACGGCGACACUUUGGAAAAGAUGCAGUUCAUGUAAUGCAGUCCGGGGGGGGGGGGGGGAGCAGAGUGCCAAAAGCAACAAACAAAUCAACACCAAUAAACAAACAGCAGAAGAAGAAAAGAUUCCAUCGAGAUGAACGGACUGAGAACCAACCGACACCAAAAGGAACCUGAUGAGAAGAGGAGGAGGAGGAGGAGAUGGGGGGGGGGUGAACUGUAUGUGUGUGUGUGUGUGUGUAACCUCAUUCUGAUGCAAUGUCUAAUUUGUGUUUUAAAUCAUAUCGAUGGAUUGAUUCUUGAGCAGAGGGAGGAGGAGGAGGCUCAAACGAACGCUUGACUUCAUACUGGUGCUAUUUCCGUCCUCCCCGGGUCUCCGUCUGCCCUCGUGGCCCCGACGAGACUAAACCCUUUAACCCCCCCACCCCCCCCCCUGCUCUGUUGGGGACGUCUUUGUAUUUUCCGGCGUGUUUUUCUCCUGCGGCCCCCUGGAUGUUCGUGGGGGGGGGGGGCGCGCAACGUGUUGAACCGUUUGUUAAUGGAUGUGUUGUGGUGGGUUUUUUCAAGCUUAAGUCUUUCCCCAUAAGUGCGUUGAUUUGUUCUCGUAAAGCUGCACACACACACACACACACACACACACACACACACACACACACACCCCCCCUCUGCAUCGUCCAAACCAGACGUCCUGAAGCUCACGCCACAAACCUGAAAACCAAACGACCGGCGACUCGCAGAGCUAACAGCUAACCGCUAGCUGCUAACCGUUUGCUGCUAGCUGUUAGCUGCUAGCUGUUAGCCGCCAGUCGCUCUCUGGGCCUCUUCUUCUUUCCCCUCAGGUGUUUCAUUCUUUGAGUUCUGAAUAUAGAAACUCUACCAUUGGGUGGAUUUAAAUGAUUGAUUGGCGGCGAAGUGCCUGCUGCUUGUUUUUAAAAGGGUUUCUGGUCCAUGAACAAAGUGACGGGCAGCCACAUAAAGCGCCGUGUGACCAGGCGUCAGAACGAGCUGGACCCGGGUCCUCGGCGCCGCCUCCCUUUCCUUCCACUGAGGGCCCCAUCGUGUCAAAACUUUGUAUUGGUUACAUAUCAAAGAACAGAUUUUUAUUUGUCUAGUUGCAAAAUGCAAGUUAAUUUGCACUGAAGUGACUGAGUGGAAACCAGAGGAGUUUGUUCUGAUCCACUUCUUGAUAAACGAAGCCGCUUUCGCCCCUGACAGCGAACCUGAAACCGUUUUGUAGUCCAGGUGACCCAUGUGACCCAUGUGACCCAGGGCCCGUGCUUGUGUAGAUAUGUAAAGGAGCCAGCGAGGGCCGUGCUAGUAACCAGUCGGUGUGUGUUGCGUAGAUGUUAGACGCUUGUUGUGGCCGUCUUGUGUUAGCCUGUUAGCGUAGCAUCUCCUCCCCGUGGAGCAUCUAUAGCCCCCCCCCCCCCCCAUUGUCUUGGUGUCUCUUUAGCUUUGUCUCCCUGUCCCUUCUGCUACGUCUCUGUUGGGGGUUCCAAGUGAGGAGAAGAAGCCUGAACGUCACACGCCUUUGACCCCAGGGCCAUGGGAGGCGGGGGUCGUUCCGUUUGGGCCGAGCAUGCGGCCUCUUUGUUGUUUUUGUUGUUUUUUGGGGCAAAUUCCGACCUUCGUCUCCUCUUGGUCUCCCCUCUGCAUCGCUGUAGCAUGAAUCCAGGAGGACGAGCCCAAGAUAAACCAGUAUAUGCCCCCCCCCCCCCCCCAUAAGAAGGCCUGACGUUUGUUCCCCCAAUAAACGGCCACUGCAGCAACAAUACCCCCCCCACCAGGUGAAAGGAAGGCCGUUUGAGGCAUAAACCGCUUCCACGUGGGGUCAAAGGUCGCCAUGUGUUUUUUCUACUCGAUGCUGCCUCAGAGCUUCAACCCGCUUUACUUUCCUUACUUUGAAGGUGUGAUUACUCCUGGGGGGGGGGGGGGGG